UCUGGUAUGUGUCUGUGAAGCCUGUGCUCUCUAUGUGCUGACAGAGAGCAUAUGGAUUUUUUCACACAACUGCUACUGAUGCCAGAGUGCCUUGCCUUGAGUCUGUAUCAGAAAUUGCUUCCUCAUCUCAGCUGAAGUCAAACUUGGACUCAGAGGUGGGGUAUAUCCCAGGAUGAACUGUGUAUUCUUUUGACUACAGAUGUGAAAGACUUGGGGUAACAAACUCCUGCAAGAAGGGUAUAAAUCAUGUGUGGGGAGGGAGGUAAGCUUGUUUUGUAACUAUCCUACAUGUUUUGUUAAUAACUUGAUUAUCAGUGCUUCUUUCCUGAAAGUUGUUAAAAGGGUGACACAUUAAUAAGUGAAAGUAUUUGCAGCUGAUAGACUAUAAAACAAAAGAGACAAAAUCUCAGCACCCAGUGGCAGCCUGGAGUAAAAGACACCAUCUGGUUUAGAUCUUCUUUGAGAAUCCUGGAUGCUGGAUUAUUUUGGAUCAUUUAAAGUUUUUAGGCAACAGAGGAGACCUUUACAUUGAAAAUUAGAUUCUGCAGAGAGACAUUGGAGUUGUGCAGAAUUGAUAACCCCUCUUAUUUAGAAGAAACAAGAUCUGAACUGGGGACCCCCACCACCUCACCCAAACUGCUCAACAUGAGUGUUCAUCGACUGAUCUCUAACUCUUCAGUACUUCUCGAGGUGCUAUGUGGGAGGACCAACCUGCCUGUGGUUACUAAUGGAAGCACUAACACCAGCUUUCGUUUGUCGGGUAAUGUGAGUUGUGAUCGAAAUACAGCAAUCAACCGCACACAUAGCCCAAAAGAUCUGGACUAUUCAGUGCGAAUCCUGCUGUAUUCCCUGAUUUUCCUGCUUAGCUUUUUUGGGAACACUUUGAUCAUUAUUGUGCUGAUCGUGAACAAGCGUAUGAGGACUGUCACCAACUCAUUCCUCCUCUCCCUGGCUGUUAGUGAUCUCAUGGUGGCUGUUUUCUGCAUGCCGUUUACACUCAUCCCCAACCUGCUGGGCGACUUUAUCUUUGGGGAGGUCAUCUGCAAGAUUGUCGCUUACUUCAUGGGAAUAUCAGUAAGUGUGUCCACUUUCAGCCUUGUGGCCAUUGCUAUUGAGAGAUAUAGCGCCAUUUGCAAUCCACUGAAAUCUAGGGUGUGGCAAACCAGAUCUCAUGCUUAUAGAGUCAUUGCUGCAACGUGGGUGCUGUCAAUCAUAAUUAUGAUUCCUUACCCAGUCUACAAUAUCCUCGUCCCCUUUAAUAAACCCAAUAAAUCCAUUGGUCAUCAAUGUCGACUUGCGUGGCCUAACAACCAAGUACAGCAGGCAUGGUAUGUAUUAUUGCUGGUUAUUCUGUUCUUCAUUCCUGGAAUUGUCAUGGUUAUUGCCUAUGGGCUCAUCUCAAGGGAGCUAUACAGAGGCAUCCAGUUUGAAAUGGACCUAAAGAAGGAAGCAAAAGCUCUCAAAAAUGGGGCAAACAGCUUGGCUUCUCUGUCAUGCGAUGAUGGCGAUGGCUGCUAUAUUCAGAACUUUCGAAGGCGUAACACCAUGGAGAUGUCGACUCUGACUCCCAGUGCCAGUGCCAAGCUUGAACGAGCCCGCAGCAAUAGCUCUGAGGCCAAGCUCAUGGCCAAGAAGCGUGUCAUCCGCAUGCUCAUCAUUAUUGUCACGCUUUUCUUCCUGUGCUGGAUGCCGAUCUACAGUGUGAACACCUGGAGGGCUUUUGACAAUACUUCUGCUAACAAAGCCUUGUCAGGGGCCCCCAUAUCUUUUAUUCACCUUCUUUCCUACACGUCAGCAUGUGUUAACCCACUUAUCUACUGCUUCAUGAACAAGCGCUUCCGCAAGGCCUUCUUGGCAACCUUUGCAUGCUGCUUCAAACCUUGCAAACGGUUUCGUGACCUGGAAGAAGAGACAGGGGCCACAGCAGUAUCUCUAUCCAAGUUCAGCUACACUACAGUCAGCACCUUGGGGCCAUCCUGAACAUUAAUUUACCUCCCAAAGACUGAAGCAAGAAGGUCAUAUCUAGCUGCUGGGGUAGGGACAGUAGGUGUGGACUUCCGGCACUUGGAGAAAUAGAGUUAUAAGCAAAACAGGGCCCCUUGACUAUCAGAAUGCUUCAUCAGUUGCAUAUGAACAUUUUGUCCAUAAGCCAUUCGUGUGGAGCUGGUCUGUAUUAUCAAACUGUGAAAAAGAUGCUAUAAUGUUCACAUCUCCUUCCUGUCUGUAGUGCCCAGUGUCAGUCGCUACUGUUUACAGUAUUUGUAUAUUUUAUUUGACUGUUCAUAGUUCAGUACAUUUUAAAUUAUAGUAACUUUAUAACAUUUGCAAGAAUUUAAAAUCUACUUCAUUUCAUUAACAUCUGCAGCAGAAUAUCACUGAUAAAAAUUCCCAUAGCCUUUAUAAAUCACGUUUGAAUGUUGGAUUUUGCAGGUAUUUGUUCAGGUACUGGAGUUUAGCAAGAUGCCACUUCCCAUAUCCACCCACCUUGGAGAGGCACUAUUUACCUGUCUAAAUUAAAACAUGUGCACUGACCACACUGAUUAGCCAUAACAGAAGGCAAAAGACUGCAAUUAUUUGACUACACCUGACUGGUCUGCAUUUAGCACAGAGGACUGAGGAUAUGAUGACUACACUUGACUGAUCUGGCAUUUAGCACAGAGGACUGAGGAUAUGAGCUGUUUCCUGUGGUACUGUGUUUGAGUCCUUCUGCCCAUUUACUUACUGUGUGACCAUGAGAAAGAUACUCAACCAGACAGUGCUUGGGGCAACUGAGAGUUUGGGCUCGGCUCCUCAGUGGUCUCCCUGACUACAAGUGUAGUAGCUAUUACAAUGUUAUAAUUACAAAGUUACCUGGGGCUGAGAGAGUAGUGCCUAUGACAAUGUUAUAAUUACAGAGUUGCCUGCAGCUGAGAGGUAUGCAGGUUGGUGUCUCUGCAUUGAAGCACAAAAUAGCUUGAUGGUGUGGUGCAGGUAUCCUUAAUCCCAUGCAGGUAUCCCUUAAUACCAUGCAGGUAUCCCUUAAUCCCAUGCAGGCAUCCUUUAUCCCAUGCAGAUAUCCCUUAAUUGCUUACAGGUAUCCCUUAAUCCCAUGCAGGCAUCUUUAAUCCCAUGCAGGUAUCAUAAUCACAUGCAAGUAUCCUUAAUCCCCCUGUCUGUAUCCAUUAAUCCCAUGUAGGUAUCCUUAAUUCCAUGCAGGUAUUCCAAUCACAUUCAGGUAUCCUUAAUCUCAUGCAGGUAUCAUUAAUCCCAUGCAGUAUCCUUAAUGCAGGCAUCCUUAAUUCUAUGCAGGUAUCCUAAUCCCAUGCAGGUGUCCUUAACCCCAUGCAGGUAUCCCUUAAUCCCCAUGCAGGGGCUGUCCCAUGCAGGUAUCCCUUAAUCCCAUGCAGGUAUACUAAUCCCAUGCAGGUAUCCCUUAAUCCCCAUGCAGGGGCUGUCCCAUGCAGGUAUCCCUUAAUCCCAUGCAGGGGCUGUCCCAUGCAGGUAUCCCUUAAUCCCAUGCAGGUAUACUAAUCCCAUGCAGGUGUCCUUAACCCCAUGCAGGUAUCCCUUAAUCCCAUGCAGGUGCUGUCACUAUUUAACUUUUGAUUAAUCUUUAAGAGCAAACCUUUUAUAAUGUUGCCAUAGAUUAAGUAUGAAAACCUGACAUAGCUUAUUAUUUUUCUCUACCAUUAUGGAAAGACAUUCACUUUUCAUUCAUGGUCAGUCUCCAGUCUGGCAGUUUAGUACACUGGGUUUUGGUCAUAAAUUGUAAAUUAAUGUUACAUUUAAGUCUCGAGUUGUGCACACUUAGUCUUUGCUUAUACACUGUCUGUCUUAGAGCAAGUUACCUACCUAGAUAGUGAUCCCAGAUCAUCUGAAAGUCAGCAACUGUGCCUAGUGGUCUUAAAUGGUAAAAAAAAAAACAGUACAUGUUUAUACAGUAAAAUAAAACUGGGUAAAGUCUAUUGGAAUUGUCAACUAUACCUUCCAAAAUGCUUUAGAGAAAAAACUGAGUGACAUGUUGAAAAUAAUGGUAAUAUAACAAUCACACAUACAGAUCAUUUUAUCCUUGUCAAGAAUAAACUGGAUUAGUCUUUACUUUUAGGUAAAAGCAAAAGCGUGGUUAAAUAGACAUACAAAAACCCUGCUGCAUGUUCAGUAGCUAAUCAACAGGUCUAAGACAAAAAAAAAGAAAACAUAUAAAUAGAAAUCAUAUCUAAAGGGUUGAAAUGGGUUACAAACUCAUAUAUUCCAGAUAUUGAAGUAAUAUCCCCAUUAAGGAAGCUACGCCACAAAGCAUAAUAUCAGAUCCUGCCAAAUGUAUGGUGAGAACUUCAUGAAAUGUGUAAUGCAUCCUGGGUGCUCUACUUGCAUGUAUAAUUGUUUUAUAUCAGUCCCCCCUGCAGUAAAUACAAGGAAAAUAUAAUAAAUACCAUAGACACAUUGCUUGGCAGGUUAAUCCAGAGGCUUAACAACAUGAGUUGUUAACAAUAUAUAUUGUCGAAGGCCAAAAAUUUGAUUUCCUCAGCUGCUAGUUCCCUUCCAUGUGACAGGUUGUUCCCCCAAAACAGGUUUCUAUGUAGUGGGUUAACAAAUGAAUAAAAUUGUAUGUAUCUCCACUGGUUGCCCCUGAACCCGUGUGCUAGAGUGGUUCACAUUUAAAAAGACAAAUUUGCAGACAUCUACACUGCAUUAAAAAAAUGCCACCAUACAAAGCUAGAUUUAUCCGUUCUCAUUUGAGACAUUGUGACAGCAGCAAGGUGAAAUGAAUAUAUUUAAAUGUGACAACAAGCAUAUAAUCUGUCCAUUUGAGCAGCCUAGGUGCAAGCAGUAAAGUUUCUGCUGUGCACCUCCUGCGCAGCUAAGAAAAUGCCACUUGUCUAGACAAAGUAAUUGCUAGUUAGUGGGAUAUAUAAUUUUGGGUGUCAUUCUUUUGAUGGCCCUCAGGAUGUGAGUUGUAGUUGUUUGGCCCUCACUAGGACAUCUUGACAUUCUCUGAAGAUGAGACAUUUAAUUAUAAAAAAGUUGCAGUAGCAUUGCUUGGACUCAAGCAGUCUCCGGGACUGAUGGACAAUUUUAGUUUUGCAGAUGGUCGUUUUUUAUGAGAGUCCUGCAAUCUUUGUAAGAGCGUUCCUAGUACAUGUCAUAGGUAACUCUCCUUACUUGUCUUCAGCAAGGCCAACAUUGCUGACCUUAUUUCUUCAUGGGCAAAUUUCCUGAUCUUUAGUUUUAUCUUCCAGUUUACUCUGUGUUGUUCUUUUCCACAUUUAAUGGUCUACCUGUCCACAUUGUAUAUUUAAUUUACACCAUAAGUCUGUAUAUUGAGGCUUGUCCCUAUGUAUAUACAAUAUUAUAUGUCUCACAGUCAAGCAAUAUUUUAUUUAUUUAUUAUUUAUUAGCAUUUGUUUAUCAGGAAAGUCCAGCCGGGCACAAUAGUUUCAUAGGUGGUUCUGGGCUAUUGAUCCGAAGGUCUUUAUAAGGCUAGCAGUGUGUACCCAGUAUAAUACAGGAGACACUAAAUAUAAAAGAUUCUGCCUAAACUCAAGAUCUUAGUUAGCAAAAACUAUCUAGGAGGGUCAUAGGU